AUGUCUUCGACAGCCCCCGCCUCACAAAUCCACCUCCGCACCCCCCCAGAGCCCGGAAAGAAACCCGCAUCCCGCACCUACCUCAUCUACUUCGUAACCGGCAACCCAGGCCUCGUAGAAUACUACCGCACCUUCCUCACCCACCUCUACGGGCUACUAACCCACAACACGGCCUCAGACCGCAGCAUAGAAUUCCAAGUCUACGGCCGCAGUCUCUCUGGCUUCGAAAUGAACGACGCCGAGAUCAAGACGAUGAAAUGGCGGAAACAGCCGCCGUAUGGGUUGCAGGACCAGAUUAGGCAUUCGGAGGAUGAGCUUGCGGAACUUGUGGAGGAGGUUAAGGAGAGUGGUGGGAGAGAUGCUAGGGUGGUGCUGGUGGGGCAUAGUGUGGGGAGUUAUAUUUGUUUGGAGAUUAUUAGGAGGCUGAGGGCGCAUGGGAUGGUGGGCGAGGAUUUUGAGACGAGGGUUGUUGGGGCGGUGGGGCUGUUUCCGACGGUGGUGGAUAUUGCGAGGAGUGAGAGUGGGAUGAAGGCUUCUCCCUUCCUGAAGAACUCAAACUUCGCGACCUUUGCAGCUCUCUUUGUCAACUUUCUUACCAUGUUCCUACCCAUUUCCAUCUUGACAACCCUAAUCGCAAAGUUCAUGGACUUCCCUACCGACGCCGCGCAAACCACCGCCGCCUUCGUCAAGUCGCCCCACGGCAUCCACGAAGCACUCCACAUGGCCCGCGACGAGAUGUUCCAAAUUGACACCGACAUCUGGGACGAGGAGAUAUGGGGUGCCGCCGCUUCAGAGCCCGCAACUAAGCAUCCGCACCCGCGGCCCAUCCUGCGCUUCUUGUUCGCACGCAAAGACCAUUGGGUUGCGGAUGCGACGAGGGAUGCGCUCAUUCACACUCGUGGAAGGUUUAGCCGUGGGGAUGGGGUUGAGGAGGUCGAGGGGCAGGGUGAGAAUUGGAAACCCGUUAUGGAGAUUGAUGAGAGGGAGGGCUGGCCGCAUGGGUUUUGUAUUCGCCACGGAGUGCCGGUGGCGGAGAAGGUGGCGGGGUAUGUUCGGGCGAUUGUGGCGCAGGAUAUGGCGAGGAAGUAG